AUGAAGCUUGCUGACAGCGUAAUGGCAGGGAAAACCACGGAAGGCUCCAUCAAAUGGCAGCUCUGCUACGACAUCUCAGCCAGGACCUGGUGGAUGGAUGAAUUCCAUCCUUUCAUCGAAGCCCUGCUACCCCACGUCCGGGCCUUCGCCUACACAUGGUUCAACCUGCAGGCCCGCAAGAGGAAGUACUUCAAGAAGCACGAGAAGCGCAUGUCCAAGGAGGAGGAGCGCGCCGUGAAGGACGAGCUCCUCGGCGAGAAGCCCGAGGUCAAGCAGAAGUGGGCGUCGCGCCUCCUGGCCAAGCUGCGCAAGGACAUCCGGCCCGAGUUCCGGGAGGACUUUGUGCUGACGGUGACGGGGAAGAAGCCGCCGUGCUGCGUGCUGUCCAACCCCGACCAGAAGGGCAAGAUGAGGCGGAUCGACUGCCUGCGCCAGGCGGACAAAGUGUGGAGGCUGGACCUGGUCAUGGUGAUUUUAUUCAAAGGGAUUCCCCUCGAAAGUACUGACGGGGAGAGGCUGGUUAAGUCUCCGCAGUGCUCAAACCCCACCCUGUGCGUGCAGCCGCAUCACAUUGGAGUUUCCGUCAAGGAGCUGGAUCUCUACCUGGCCUACUUCGUGCACUCAGAAACCGGCCAAUCAGAAAGCCCCAACCAGGCCAGCGAAUCAGAUAUCAAGGAGCAGCCAGAGAACGGUCAUCUGGGUUUUCAGGACAGCUUCGUGACGCCCGGCGUCUUCACGGUGGCCGAACUCGUACGAGUCUCUCAGACACCUAUCGCAGCCGGUACCGGUCCAAAUUUCUCCUUGGCCGACCUGGACAGCUCUUCUUACUACAGCAUGAGUCCAGGAGCCAUGAGGAGACCGCUGCCGAGCACCUCCUCCUCCAGCUCUGCCAAGAGGAUAAAGUGUAUGGAGGAGGACGUUGACAGUCCAGGCGAGGAGUCCUACUACCCCAGUCAGGGUCGAUCUCCGGGCAGCGGCAGCCAGGCCAGCAGCUGGCACGAUGUGGAGCCAGGGAUGCCGUCGCCCACUGGCGCUCUGAAGAAGUCAGAGAAGUCUGGUUUCUACGGCGCCGCGCCUCCGCCGAGCGGCGCCUCCUCCGCCUCCUCCUCUUCUUCUUCCUCCUUCCCCCGAACGGCUUUCACACACCACCACCACCACCACCGGCCCGUCAUUACCGGGCCUCGAGGUGAGCCCCCACGCUCCCCCUCCAGCCUCCACUUCUCCUCCUCCCCCAUCCUGCAGCAGCCCGGCUCCUACUUCUCCCACCCGGCCAUCAGGUAUCACCCGCAGGAGACGCUCAAGGAGUUCGUCCAGCUGGUCUGUCCUGACUCCGCCCAGCAGGCCGGACAGGUGGGCUUCCUCAACCCUAACGGUAGCUCCCAGGGAAAGGUCCACAACCCUUUCCUGCCGACGCCCAUGCUGCCUCCCCCUCCGCCUCCCCCGAUGGCCCGUCCCGUCCCGCUGCCCGUCGACGCCAAGCCGCCCUCCACCUCCUCCGCUGAGGGCGGGGGCAACUCGCCCACUUCACCCACCUACUCCACCCCCACUUCAUCUCCAGCCCAGCGGUUCGUCAGCGUCGGACCCAGAGAUCCCGGCUUUAACAUCCCUCAGCAACCACAGAGGGAGGGGAGGAGCUGCAGUGCAGGGAGCGAGCAAGAGGGCGAGAGACACCGGGAGACACUGGGGGGUGGGGGGAGGGGGGGUAAGCGACAGCGAGGUAGAAAAGUCCCAGCGUCAGCAAGUUGUAUUGAUUAA